GAUACCAGGAUACACCAUCAUGGCGUCCCCGGUUGAGUCGAUCAAGUCGGUUAAGGAAGAAAAGGAAGACGACAAAGCCGAGGAGAAGGAAACUGGUGCCGAAGAUGUUCAAAACGACGAGGAAGGAAAUCCCGAGGAUGAAGAAGAAGAGGAAUUUGAAGAGGAAGAUAAACCAGGAUCUGUUCACAUGCCCCCAGAUGGUGGCAGCAAAGCGAUAUGUAUCGUUAUAUCGUGUUCCGUCAUUAAAAUGUGUGUUAUCGCCAUCCAGAGUAUUUGCGACAAAAGUGUUAUGAUGGUGAUCGGCAGAAGUGAAAACAAACGUCUUCAAGAAAUCCUAGUUUCUGCACAAACCGUUGCUUUACCACUGAUCGGACUAUUGAUGACGAGAUACGGCUACAGAAUUGUUGGUUUCAUCGGAUGUUCCAUGGUAAUCGUGCCCCUGUUUGCUCUCACAUGGAUUCCCCAUUCGUCUUAUAGAGAAUGCUAUUACUUACUCUACUGUAUAGCUGGACUUGGAUUCACUUUCCUGAACUUGACAUCGAUAGUCCCUAUCCUUGAGUACUUCCACAGGAAGCGGAUGCUAGCUCUAUUUAUGUACAGCGUAGUCACACUGUUAUCGGCCAUCUUGUUUGAUGUGGUGCUAAAGGACACUGAGUUCGAAUUAAAGAUAGUCUUUAGCAUAUACCAGCUGAUAGCUAUGAUGACAGCUGGCAUCGCAUGUAGUGCUAUUGUACCAUUGACACUAGAUGUGGAGAUCGGCGAUAAAUGGAUCAACAGGCUCAUUGGACUUGAGGACCUGGCAUUGAUGAAGGACAGUAUGUUAUAUUUACUGCUUGUAUUCACCUUCCUCUUCUUCAUAGGUAAAGGAUUUGGAGAUCAAUCAAAAUUUGCGUACCCUGGUAAACAAGACGGUUACGAAAAGGUCGUCCUGCUGCUGGUUCCUCUGUUGGGUCAGCUUUUAGGAUAUCUUUGGGCUGUGUGUCUGCGGAACACAGUUGAGAGUGUGCUGUUCCUGUUCAGUGGGGUCGUUGUCCUUCUGGCCGCAGUCCUCACCACCACCGUGGCGAUCCCUAUGGACAACAUCACUACGUGUAUUUGGGCAUCUGUCUGUUUUGGUAUCCUUGGUGUCGCUAAUGGACUUGUUUCCAUGUCAACACAGAAAGUCCUACCUGACAUUUUCGGGAAGCAGAAUACUCGCUUUGUUGCUGGUAUGGUGGCGUGCAUGAUAUCCCUUCCCAGGCUGGUAGAGUCACUUUAUACAGAUUUGUUUGACGAGAAAACAGUGGCCAGGUUUGUUCAUGCAGGAGUCUAUAUCCUUUCUGCUGGUGCUUGCGCGCUAAUAAUCGGAAAGUGUGUAACCCCGCGUAAUACCCAGCGCUACCAGAACAAUGAGGAGGAUACUUCUGAAGACAACCAGGAGAAAGAGGCGUCCGAGGAGGACGCUGAGGCUUAAACAGCGAGAAGAUUGACAAUAGAUCGGAUUAAUUUCUUAAAUUUUAAGCAACUGAGAAACAAAUAACUGUUUAUUUGAUUCUUUACAAUCGCAAUGAUUCUUGGAUAUAACAGUGACAGGAUUAUUCGGUAACAAUUGUGAUGAGAAACACUCAAUGUGAACGAAUAUUCUAUAAUUAAUCGUAUUUAUUGAUACCUAAGUGAUUCAGUGACAAAAUAGUGUCUGAGCCUUUAUGCAUGGUACUAUUUUUUCUGAAAUCCUCUGCGACUUUCUUGCCUUCUGCCUUUAUUUUUAGAACAUUAAAAUGUUUUUCAUUUAACUUAUCAUAGCGCACUAGCGCUCAUUAUGAUAUUUGCUUGCAAAGCUGUGUCGUUUAAAAAGAUCAUAAAUGCCAUACAAAAACAAUUCAAUGCUUAAUUACAAACUGUAAAAUCUUACGUCAGAGAUAUAUUAAGCAGUGUUAAUGAUUAAGAAUGCACGUAGAUGUGUUUCAGGCUUGGGAUGAACUUUGAAGAAAGGAAUAAGGAUAUUCCUAUUUUAAAAAACAGAUAAAACGUUUUAGCUCUCCAAAUAAAACACUGACUUACAUAAUCAUUCCUCUUAAUCUAGAGAUGACUAUGAAGUUAAAAAAAUAAAUAAAUAAAUAUUUUACUUAAAUAUGUGACUAUUGUAAAUACUCUAUAGAAAAAUGAGAAAAAAACACAGUUUCUUUUAAAGUGAUUAAAAACUCCAAAUUACAAUGAGUACGAUUAAAUAUUUUUCAGUUUAAAUUGAUAACUAACUCUUUUACAUAUUAGAUUUACAAACAAUCCUAAUUGUAAAAAUUUUCGAUAGAGAAAUGGAUACAAUCGUACAUAUGUUAUGGGAAACAUUCCUGACGAGUUUUGAAACAGUGCUGAUAUGAAUGCUUCAAUCAUAUCGUUUUGAUUUAAAAAAGAUUUUUCGAUUUUGAGUGUAUUAAAAAAAAAAAACACAGGUAUUAUUGAUGGAAAAGAUAGUGAAAUCCUUCUUCUGAUUAACCCUACGAGUUGUGUUUAUUAUAAACCACCAAGGAAAACCAUUGUUUCCUGGUCACUUGCCCUCCAUGAUAUUAUCCUCUAUUCAUGUCAUCUACAUUUUUUCCCUUUUUCGUCUUUUUACUUUACUUUUGCUUUGUUUUUCCUACCUCUUUUUGGUAUAUUGAAAUUUUUCAUAUAUGUUAAAUUGAUAUUUUUCGGUCGCUAUUUCGUCCUAUAACAAUACAGUAUAUAUGCCAUAUAUCGCCAUUUAAUUAAUGUAUGUUGGUACGAAAUAUGUUUUAAUGAAGUGAUGUAACUUUUAACAAAAGUUUCAGUAACUUUGUAUGUACACAUACACCUAUGUACCACUACACCGUACUGAGAACACAUCUUUGA